UUAAUUAUACUACAAAGUGCAUAAGAAUCCCUAAAAAAAAGGUGAAAAAGAUUUGUGUAGUCUUCUCUGUCUCCACUCCAUUUGGGGAAACUCUGAAGCUCUGAGCAGAUCAAAGUGACCAGCCAGCGUCUCUCUCCCCGUCCCAUCUCUCGCCUCUGUCUCUCUCCGGCGCGAGACGGGUCUCACCUCGACGCACACGCACGGACACGGAGUGUUAGCAGAGAUGAAUCACAAAUUUGGGGGAGGAAAGCGGCCGACGGGAACUCCUUCGCUGGCAAUGUCGUCCGUAGUCGUUGUCGUCUCUCUUCUUGCCGGGGCCUCUGUUGUCCACAACAUCUACAAGCCUGAUCUUGUAAGACACUGCCUCCUGUGGAAGCUGUUAGCGAAACCAAACAUAAUCAAUCCAAUUCAAAAUGACAUUCUAACUACAACAACUUAUGAUGAGCCUCAGCAACUUGCUGUUGAGGAACCGACCUCAAAUCCAGGCUAUGCUGUUGAGGUUGUUGAUCAUUCCUCCUAUGGUCAAAAGUAGUGUAUCGCCAGAAAAAUUCGACUCGGAUCAAUAUCUUAAAGCGCAUCGCCAGUUGCGUAAUGCUAUGCAAACAACUUCAAUUGUUUAAGACUAUUUUUUUUUAUAUGUUUUUCUUUUUAUAUGUAAAUUUGAACUGCCAAUGUUUUUUUUUUUUUUUUGUAUUAGAUGAAAUAUUAAUCUUUUGGAAUAUAACUACUCCACAACAACUCAAUUGUUGAUGCUUUGGAGUAGUUAUAUCAAUACUAUAAUGAUUUAUUAGAAGAAAUAUUAAUCUUUUGGAAUAUAACUACUCAAAAACAACUCAAUUGUUGAUGCUCCAAUGUUGGUGCUUUGGAGCAGUUAUAUCAUUACCAUAACGGUGUACUAUUCUUAUUCCAUUUCUAUUACUAUUACAUUGAAUAACUUAUUUAUGUAUACUUUAAAACUCA